UUUAAAAUUAUACAUUUUUUAUGGCACAUUUUGAGAUUAAAUGGUAUGGUGGAUGUAGGUAAUCUUGCGAAACCACAUUUCAGAAUCUCACUCACUCGGGAUGGGACUCAAAAUAAGAAUCGAAUCAAAACUAACUUCAAUCUCUCGUUGCACAAAUAAUCUACUCUUCUCUACAUGGUCAAUGCUUAUGUAAUGAAACUAUAUUUUCAAACUAAAGAUCUUACAAGCCUGUCUCAUGUUCUGAUGUUGACAUAAACUAUAUGACAAGAACAAAACUCGUACCACUGGUGAUCUGAUUUUUCAUAACAUCGGCGGACAUUUAUUGAGUACAAUUCGUUACAGUCGGUAGUAAAAUAGUUACCCUCCUGAGUCACCUACGUUUUGUUGUAGGUACAUUUUUUUUAACUGUCAUUAAGUAACUGAAAGUUAAUUUUGAAACAAAUGCUUCAGGGUCUCAUAGACUAUUAAUAAAUUUAGAAAAAUGUUGUCAGUGGCAGUAAGUUAAGUGCCUAAAUUAUAUAAAUAGCUAUAAAGUGUUCCUUAGUGUUGAAAGUAGUUUAAAUUUAAUUUAAAAAUGAAGCGGGAAGUGUUACUGAUGGUCCUUAUUUCGUACGCCGUGGCUCAGCUUAUGAUAAGACCAAUCAAAGUGUUAAAUGUAGAAAGCCACUCCGACUUACACGCAAAACUAAAAGAUGCUGGAGACAAACUGGUGGUGAUAGGGUUCCUCCCACGCGCGUGCCCGCACAGCGUGAAGAUCACUCCACAGUAUGAGAAACUGGCAUUACAGUAUGCCCACUUCGUCGUGUUUUUGAGGGUAUAUGAAGAUCAUGAUGACAUUUUCGUCAAGUAUGACGUGAAGUCGGUGCCAACCUUCAUCUUCGUUAGGAAGAAUGAGCCAUUGAACAAACGUACCAGUAAUAUUGCUGAUAUUAUAAGUGUAAUAGAGGCAGUGAAGGCAGAAGACCAACUGCUUAACACGCUUAACACGACACAGACUUUGGACAAUGGUGGCGUGCUAUACGACGUUGAAUGCCACGAUGAUAUGAAAGGUCGGCUCGCAGAAGCGAAGGACAAGCUUGUGGUGCUAGGGUUCUUGCCGAGCUACUGCGCUCACAGCUAUAUGAUGAUACCGGAGGUUCAGGAGCUUGCUAAGAAGUAUGCUAAGACCACGUCGUUCCUUAGGAUCAAGGAAGACCAUGACGACAUCUACGAAAUAUUCGGCAUCCACACAGUACCGACGUUUAUCUUCUUGCAGAACAAGAGGAAACUGCUCGUCCGUACUGGCGCCAGCGUCAAACAACUCGCGGAUACGGUGGAGGGUAUUCUAACUGGCGACUACACUUCGACUACAACUACCACAGAGGCGCCAAAGAGCCACAUAAUCGACGUAACCAGCCCUCAAGACUUGAGGCAGAAGAUAGCAGCCGCCGGUAACCAGCUGGUCAUCCUCGCUUUCAUGACCAAAUGGUGUUCCAAGUGCAAAAAGAUACACCCCAAGAUUGAGGCCAUGGCUGAUGAGUAUUACGGCACGGUGACAUUUUUGAAGAUCGACGACGACAUUAACACCAGAGACCUCUACGCAGAGUAUAGAAUCCAACGCGUGCCGACAUUCGUCUUCAUAAGAAACUCGAGGAAAAUCAACCAGUACGAGGGGACGAUGUACGACAAAAUUAGAUCGAGGAUAGAACUGCAGGAUUUCUUGAAUUUUUGAGACUGAACAUCUUCUUCUUCUAACUUGAGAGCUGUGCUCUUUGGAGCAAUCUCCAACUCGUCCGGUCCUCUGCCAACUCCUCACCUUCUGGUACGACACGACCUGAACCUUUUCCUUAAUUUGGCUGAAAUAGUUUCUCCUAGGUCUUCCUCUUGCCCUCUUUCCUUCUACUUUUCCUUCUACGAUGUU